CUUAGUGUCAGAAUGUAUUUUUUUGUUGAUUCAUUUCUUGAUUUGCAGCAAAAUAUUUUUCCCACAACUGCUGGUUUAUAAUAUUGUUUCCUGUACAAAUCAGUCCUGAUCCAACUCAAAAAUGGUGGAAUCGGUUACGGACGAGUGCAAAAAUCCGGAUGAUGGGCCGCAAAAUAUGCUGGAUGCCUUCAAUGCUCAGGACAAGCAGCGAAUUUUGGAGCUCAUGCAUCAGUUACCGGCACCCACUUUGACUGAAGAUAGAUUUGAAGAAAUGUAUGAGGAAUAUUCGGAAGUCUUAGGUAAAUAUCAGGAGCAACCGCAUUUACUAGACAGCAGCCUGGAAGAACUGGUUCAGAAAGUACUUGGAUUUAUUUUGGACCCCGAACGAAGCCAGUUGGGGAAGCACAGAGCGGCCAAAUUUAUCUAUCAGAUGUGCAAGGUUCGAACUUUCAAAGCCUUUCAAAAGUACUUACCGCAUGAAAUUCGCUAUUUGAGUUUUGUUCUGAGCUAUUUGGAGCAGCAGGAUCUGGAAGAUUGGAAAAAUUGGGAGACUAGAUUUUUGUGCUUGCUGUGGUUAUCAAUUCUGGUGUUAAAUCCUUUCGAUUUAAGUAGAUUGGAUGGUAACGAUGGGGGUAAAAGUACAAUGCUACGAAUUUAUGAAGCUUGCAAAAUCAAUUGUCUGAAGGAGGAUACUUGUACUCCGAUCGCAGCGUAUCUGGUAUCGAAAUUUUUGAUUAGGAAUGAUGUUAAAAAAGUCUAUCUAGAAGAUUUUCUUGAAUGGGCUAACAUGGCGGAUCUUGUUAGUGACCCAAAGAUUGGUCCACUUUCUGGGAUCGCAUGCGUACUGAAACAUGGAAAACGGGAGGAUCUUCUUCCGUUUGCGGAAAAACUGGCGAAUACUGUAUUACACCAAGAUUAUGGUCAAAUAACGAAGAAUUUCAAAAUUUAUAAAAUCUGUAUUAAAAUAAGUCAGCGAAUCGGAAUGAUUAUGCUUCCACCUCGAAUAGCCAAGUGGCGAUAUCAACGAGGUGCGCGAUCACUUCUAUCCAAUAUUCCUAAGGAACCAACCGAGACAGCAUUCCAACGAGAAGCUCCAAAAUUAGAUGAUUCCUCUCAAGAUGAAGCCGAAUAUGAAGAUGAUGAAGAAGUGCCAGCUGAAAUUGAAGAAAUCAUCGAAAGACUCUUGUUGGGGUUAAAGGGUAACGCAACUAUUGUUCGAUGGAGCUCAGCCAAAGGAAUAGGACGAAUUACGAAUCGACUACCGAAGACACUAGGGGAUGAAGUGGUGUCCUCCGUCAUUGAAUUAAUCAAUCCGAUGGAGCAAGAUGCCGCCUGGCACGGUGCUUGUCUAGCAUUGGCCGAACUGGCCCGCCGUGGACUAUUACUGCCGCAUCGUCUCAACGAUAUUAUUCCGCUUUUACUACAAGCAUUAGUCUACGACGAAAUGCUUGGAUAUCGAAAUGUUGGGCAAAACAUUCGUGAUGCGGCCUGCUAUAUGUGCUGGGCCUUUGCCAGAGCUUUUCAUUCAACUAUCCUUCAACCAUUCGUUGAACAAAUUGCGUCCGCUCUGCUAGUAACGGCUGUCUUUGAUCGGGAAAUCAACUGUCGAAGAGCAGCUUCCGCAGCUUUUCAGGAAAGCGUUGGGCGAUUGGGGAAUUUUCCGCAUGGAAUCGAUAUUCUAACAAUGGCGGAUUUUUUCUCUGUGGCGGUAAGAAGUAAUGCAUUCCUUCAAAUUAGCGACUACAUAGCUCAGUUUGACGAGUAUCGGCGAAAGUUAAUCGAUCACUUAAUUGAAAGAAAGAUUAACCAUUGGGAUACAAACAUUCGUGAAUUGUCCGCUCUGGCUUUGAGUAAUUUUACCAGACGAGAUCCAGUCUACAUGCGAGAUGUAGUGCUACCAACACUGUUUGACUUGACAGAAACGACGGAUCUGAAUGCUCGUCAUGGUGCCACACUAGCAAUUGGAGAAGUUAUUCUAUCACUUCGACGUCUUUGUGAUGAAAACGACGGCUUAGAGACCGAGAUGUACAUUUCGAAACAAAUUAUUGAGCGUGGUGGGCAGCUAGUGAUUAAAUUUCGACAGCGAGGUCAAUUCAAAGGGAUGAGUGGAUCGUAUAUGAAACAUGGCUGCGCCAGUUUUAUUCGAAACUGCAGUGAGGCAGAGCUGGCCCUGAGUCACGAACAAAUCGAAUCAUGGCAGCUUCUACUUGAUGAGUCUGUCAUUGACGAAAAAGCUACUACUAGAGAGCUUGCCGUGCAAGCUUUCUCUGCGUUCUGCACAACAUACUAUCGUUCGGAGGAUCCCGAAAAGCUAACUGAUCUGAUCGACAAUUAUCUUAGAGAACUACGAGAUACGAAGUUGGAACACAAAGCCCAAGGAAUAGCUUCGGUCUUGGGAGCGCUACCGAAAUUCAUGUUAGAGUUGAAACUCGAUGUAAUUCUGGCAGUGUUUGAUGAGAAGACCAUAUUGCCAGAAAUGUUCGCUGUUGGAUAUAACCAUUCUGAAAUGCGACGCGAUUGCAUCAAGGGACUAGCAAAUAUUGUUAAAACAGUUGGUUUCGACAAUGACAUUCUUAAUCUGGAUAAAGUUUACAACGUUUACAUGAGAGCUCUGGAGGAAUAUGCGAUUGAUAAUCGUGGCGACAUUGGCUCCUGGGUACGUGAAGCGGGCAUCAAUGCUUUAUUUCAAUUUCUUACAUGCUGCCCAUCAAAAUUUUUGACAUCAAUACUGGUUCAAAAGGCAUUGAUCGCCAUAGCUAAACAAUCUGUAGAACGUAUUGACAAAAUUAGAGCGGUAGCCGGGAAAACAUUCGUUUCGUUGCUUUAUAACAAGCCGGAAAUGGCUCAUAUUGCUCAAAAAACGAAACUUUGCGAUAUCUUUCCGGAGGAUACCACUGAGAUUUUGUGGUUAUUUCCACAUCACACAUUCCCCCUGUUUAUCCAGCUGCUUGACAUUCCCGAGUACGUCAAUAGCAUCGCAGAAGGAUUGAUUCUCUCUGUCGGAGCACCGACUGAAUCAUUACACAGUUGUGCUGCAAAACUCAUGAAUGAUUAUCUUAAAAAUCAUGAACAAUUUAUUCCUUUCUUCGGAGCAACCGUUCUCAAAAUUCUGCAGGGAAAAACUACCAAGGAUACGCUCUUCAUGACUUCUACAUUUCAGUUCAUAUCUGAACUUUUAGCAUCAGCCACAAAUACCCGACUUCUACUAUCCGACAAGUCGUCUGAUUUUCCGGAAGCCAUCUUCACAGUUGUAAACGAUUUGGUCAUUCAUAGUAAAAAACACUUCAAUUCCAUCCCAGUAUACUGCGCUCUCAUGCUGGCUCCCAGGAUCUGCAAGCGGGUUCUCAGUAAAUUAGUGAUGUACCUGGGAAUGCUGUGCGUUAAUAUUCGUCGUGAAACUGCACUGAAAAUGUUCGAAACCUUGUUGGUGUACGGCGAACAAACAUGCAUUCCGGAGGAAAAUCUGGAGGAAGUGUUGGCUUGCCUGAGCGAAGAGAAAUGGGACGGAGAGCUAGAAGAAGCCCGACGGAUUCGAAAUCAUCUUUGCAUGCUGAUGGGAAUUAAACCACCGGUGGUGCGGGCAAAAAAUUAAAUCCAAUAAGAUAUUAUUUGGAGCAACCGUAUGACGCAUAGCUCACGUACGAAUAUUUAUAGUUGUAAUAUGAACAGCUAUAUCUUUUUUUAUUGUGAACUCAAUAAUUAAAACCCUUAAACGUUACUCGUUAGAAUACUAAUGGAAAUCAUGAUCGCACGCUUUUUUCAUUUGAGUUGAAUCGAAUGCAGCAAUACUGAGCUAUCAAUAAAUCACUAAAAUAUUUCAAAA